UGGCAGAGGGGGUGGAGGACACUGAGUGGAGGCCAGUGGAGGGAUUGGCAGAGGGGGGUGGCGGACACUGAGUGGAGGCCAGUGGAGGGAUUGGCAGAGGGGGGUGGCGGAAACGGAGCGGAUGGACUGAAGCGGGGAUAGCCAGCGGCGAGGCAGGUCAGUGAGGAGGGAGUUGCAGUAGUCGAGUCGUGAUAUGAUGAGGGAGUGGAUGAGCUGUUUAGUGGUUUCUGGGGUUAGGAACGUGUGGAUUUUGGCGAUGUUGCGGAGGUGGAGUCUGCAUG